AUGAAAUAUCCCCGGGCCCGGCAAUGGGCAGACGAGCUACCCGCCACCACGCCCGCCAUCGGCAUCACAUCGUCGACCUUUACGCCAGCACGCCUGAGUCGUGUGAUUGGUCGGCACGGCAAGACCGUCGGCGCCGAGUGGCUCAACGUCAGCACCUGGGGGCAUAUCGCAACCGCUAUCGGCCGCCGCUUCAUCCGGGAUGCCGCCAUCACGUCACGAGGGCUAUACGGGGACUUGGAUAGAGACGAUGAUGAGGAAGCGUCUGAUCAGGAGGAGGAUGGCGAAAAGGAUACGAUCAUCAACCUGCAGACCGGCCAUAGCGUCUGGACGUCCGGUCUUGUGUACGGCCGUCAGGUUGGCGAGGGCAACUGGGAGACAAUGCAGCGUCGGGAAAGCUUCCGCAUCCUCAGUGACGAGUGGCAUCGGUUGCUAGGCCUCUCAUCAGCCGGCACGCUACAGACCGUCGCUGCCGGACCUGGAAGGCUGCCAGCCUCGACCUUGAGCACUUCCAGCAGCUCCGCCGGGUUGACCUACUGCUCGAGCUCCAGCAACUCCUCGGUCCCAAUGCGCGAUUCUCACCCGGCCAGAAGCCGAUCUUCGACACCAUCAUCCAUAAUAAGAGCCCUACCCUCGCCAUCCUCCCCACCAGGGGCGGCAAGAGCCUCCUCUUCCAGCAGCCAGCAGCCAGCGGCCAGCAUCACGUCAGGUGUCACCGUCGUCAUCGUCCCGCUCGUAUCGCUGCUGGGGAAUCUCUUGGACCGUUGUGCAGAUCUGAAGAUUCCUGCCGUACGCUGGGCAGCUGAUCACUUGCCCGAGAAGGUAUCCCUCGUAUUUGCCACCCCUGAAGCCGCCAUGACCAAGCGUUUCCAGUCCUACCUGGACGGGCUGCAGUCUCUUGCACGGCUCGACCGGAUCGUCAUCGGUGAGUGUCACUCCAACCUAGAGGGCACCCUCAAGUUCCGGCCCAAAAUGAGAGAGCUGGCUCCCUUGCCCUGCGGGGCAUCCAGAUGA